UGCUGCUGCUUUUCGAGAAGCGCGCGAGCACGAGCACAAACUGGUUCAAUCAGCCAACUGCGAUCGCGUGGUCGGUCGGUCGGUCGGUCGGCAAAGAGGAAAAAGAAUAGCUCGCAUUCCACAUUAGGACAUUUCGAGGGCUGCCGGCUGCUGGCCAUCUAGCUAGAACUUGUGUCAACCCCCUCUUCGCAGAAUCGCAGAUCGUCCCUAGGCGCGCAAAUGCUGGUGCGACUGUUCUAAUGGUGGAGAGAUCAUCCGCUACGAAAGGGUAUAUAAUGGCCACGGAUCGAUCGCUUAAUGGCAGUUCAGUUCGGACAGUGUUUCCAAUUAAUCAGCCGAUUCUCUGUGAUCUCAAGUAGUCUCAGCGCUUUUAUUUUUGUAUUAGAUUAGUGACCUUAGGAUUGCCAUAAUGAAAUUCUUGAUCGUCUUCGCCUGCAUCGCUGCGGCUAGUGCGGCUCCUGGAUACUAUGAUGGAUUCGAUGCUGGACAUGGAUUCUCUUCGUAUGCCGUGGCCGCUCCUGCUCCAGUAGUCAAAUACGCUGCCCCAGCUCCGGUGGUGUCGGUAGUCCACGCUGCCCCGGCUGUCCAUGCCGUUGCUCCUGCGCCGACGAUCGUGAAGGCCGCUGUCCCUGCUGCCACCAGCUAUGCUUCCAUCCACCAGGUCCAUACUCCAGUGGUUCACGCUGCCCCAGUCGUUAAGUACGCCGCUGCUCCGGUUGUGAAGUAUGCCGCCCCUGCUCCUGUGGUUUCUUAUGCUUCAGCUCCGGUCGUCAAGUACGCUGCUCCAGCCCCCGUAGUUUCCUAUGCCCCGGCUCCAGUGGUCAAGUACGCGGCCGCCCCUGCCUACGUGCACGCUGCUCCAGCUCCUCUGCUGAAGUACGGAGGAUACCACGGAUACCACGGAUGGUAAACUAUUGCCAAAGAAUACCGAUCAACGAGAAUUACACUGCCAGUGCUCAGACUUUCUAGCUCUAGGAUAUUUCUGGAACGCAUUCGAGUAAAGCUGUGAACUGUGUGGCAGUUCACGCUCACUAGAUGCCUUUUACCAAUUAUUUCGCUAUAGAGUGGCAAUACUGUAAGAUAACUGCGUCCCGCAGUUGAAUGAAAGAUUGAUAAUGCUGUGAGAAAAAUAAAAUGUUUUGUUUUAAAAA